GUGAAAAAUAUCGAGUGUAAAGCACUUUUAAUUUUAGCAUUAGUUUUACAUCAGAAUCCCCAUAAUGGCUGGUCUAGCUACUAAAGCGACUGCUUACGCCAAUAAACUUUCGGCCCAGAUGCGACCGCAUUUCGAUGAAUUCUGGAAGUACGCUAAAGUCGAACUCGCGCCUCCGUUGCCGGCUGAUUUCGUUAAGAUCCGUAAGACGGUGGAAAAAAGCUCGAAGUAUGCAAAGGAUAUUAAAUCGCAGCGCAAUCGCUUUGCCGACAUUACCAUUUCGCAGGUCUGGCUCAACACACUGGUAACCGUGGAGGUUGUCACUUGGUUCUUCAUGGGCGAGUGCAUUGGCAAGCGGCACAUUGUGGGUUACAAAGUUUAGUUUAACAACACACUCAUAAUCGUCAGCCCAGUAUAUCCUUACCAAUGGGUUGGUCAAAUAGUUGUGCAUUAUAUAUUUCUCUUUUGCUUAAAUACAAUUUGAACUCUCACGCGAAA